CGGGCCCAUCCCAGGCCAGUGUCAAGGUCUCUCCCAAGGACACUGAGAUGAAAACAGCAGAAGAGCCAACCUCGAGUCUUGGGCAGAUCUUGGAGUGGCUGAGAAAAGAGCUGGCUGAGAUGCAGGUCCAAGACCAGAGACUCCUGCUCACGCUGAGGCAUCUUCACAGCAUCCUGGAGGAGCUGCGUGCAGAGAGCGCCCACUGGGAGGAUGCCAGGUCCAGUGGUGGGACCUCCCCCAUCAGAGCUCGAGCAGACUCUGAAGGCAGAGGCCGCCAGCCCUUCUCCUCCAGGGGCCUGGCCCAUCUCCUCCAAGGGGUAGACAGCAGACGAAGCUCCCUCCCUUAAUGGGCCAGAGACGUCCUUGGCCUUGAACCCUCCCUGCACUGAUCUACACUUUGAUUGUGAUGUUGUUGGGAAAAAGCACUGGAAUGGGAGUCAGAGAGUCUGGGCUCUGGAUUCACCCCUGUCCUCCUCCACCGUAUGUCCCUGGACCUGUCACUCAACUUCUCUGUGUCCCUCUUUCCUCUCCUGUCACUUAGGGUUUUUGCACAAAUAAGGUAUCAGCUAUGAACACACAAACAUGGUACAUGGCUUCUGGCAAGCCCCCUAGAGGUAAUCCUAUUCUUGGGGAUUUCUCACAAAGUGAUUGUGGAAACAAAGAAAGAGCUCGUUGUGCCAAGAUGUUUAUCUAGUGUUGCCAUGGUGAAAAACAGCACUCUGUAUAGCGAGUUAAUGGUUGUUUUCUGUCUUCUCAGCAGGACUUCUUAUACCCCUUUAUCUGAAAGCAACAGGCCCUGCAGCCACUCUAGCCCAGGAGAUGGGCAUGUGACCAGGCCUAGCCAAUUACAAUUCGUGGUCAUUCUAACAACACGAUUGGCCCAGUGGGAGAGCCAAUCAGAGCCCUUCUCUGGGAUUGCUCUUUGGGUGCUUGUUCCACUGCACUUGUUCAAAGGUGGAGCUGCCAGUGGCCAUGUUCCAUGUCUGCAGAGAAAGACUUGCCUGCAGUAGGAAAGAAAGAGGCUAAUCUUCAAAGAAAAGCAGAGAGAGGGCCACACAAGGAUGGGCAGAGAGGAAGGGUGCUGGGUUUUUUCAGUCCCUGGUUUCUGUGAGUUACUCCUGCUGUCUUUCCAGCAGAAGCCGGUAAAUUCCACCAUCACCACCCAUAAAUACACACAUGAGUUUGUUUUUGCUUAAGCUAAUUUGAGCAGGGUUUUUCUCAAUUGCAAUCAAAAUGUCCUGAGGAAUACAAUCCAAAUGGUCAAAGAAGCAAAGAAGAGAAAUCAUGAAAAAAAAAAAUGGCAUUUCACUCAUUCAGAGGUGGCAACAAAAACCCUGUUUGGCAGGCAGGCAACAAGGUGUGUGAUGUGGCAGAGCUCUCCAUUGUGCUGUAGUCACAACUUUGAAAGAUUAUAUCCGCCUAGAAGGACCUGAAAAUGGAACAAGUGAAAAUAAAGGUGUUAAGAUGGUCCGAUUCCUAUCAGGCCUUUUCAGUUUUGAAAAUCAUCUUGCAUGUUGUUAGGAUAUUGUUUUUAAUGGCUUUGAAAAAGUAAACCCAUUGCAUACAGAGGCAAAGGGGGUGUUUGCAUUAUACGUACAAUGUUUAUAGUCAGACU